AUGGCAAUAAACCGUCUAGAAGAAGAACAUAAGCCCAAAGCUCUCACUCUACCAAGGCAACGAUACAAUGCCGGUCAAAACUCGGCAUCAGUAGACUCGCCAACAACCAAAUCAAAAACAGCGACACUCGCACAUAAACUAUCUACAGAUGAGUCCCCCACGUCACCUGCUGUAAAUGGAAAAUCUAGAUGUUGGAUCUGUUGGGAAAAGCAGGAAUCGUCGAAGAACCGGCUGAUUAAAGUAUGCAAUGGGUGCAAAGACGUUGAUUUAAAAUGGGUGCAUCAAGACUGUAUCGAUCAAUUUAUUGGUAAACUGCCACCAACUCCCUUAACACCACGAAUACCUCAAUUGGAAAUGGUGGAAGCUGAACCAGAAGGACAUGUCUUUGUCAAUGGCCGAAAGAAACAGAUCCAAUAUCGAUAUAACUGCUCUCGCUGUAAUGACCCAUACAUCAUCACAAAGCAGCAAAUCCACCCUUUAGUCGCACUUUGGACAGAAGACGUUCAGCUCAAAGCCAGUGUUGCGCUGAUGAGCUUGUGUAUAUUGAUAAUCACGUAUUCAUGUGCCAAAAUGUUGUUGGAGGCCCGAGUCCGUGAUGAGGUCGUGUUUAGGAUAGGGUGGGGAAUGGUUGCUGUUCACAAAUCUACAUUUGCUGUAGCUAUGUUUAUCUUGUGCCAUGCAGUAAAUGCUGUGACGUGGAAGGUUGUGAUUUCAUUCUGCAGUGGAAGGUCCAUAAAACGUGUAACAAGCGUGUCUCAUAUAAGUUAG